GGGAACUACAUGGUGCUCAAUUUUUCAAGAUGUCGUCGCUGGAACAGAGGCUGUCGCGAAUCGAGGAGAAACUAAAGCAGGAAAAUGAAGAAGCUCGCCGGAGAAUCGACCUUAACAUCGACAUGAGUCCACAGCGAUCGCGUCCGAGGCCGAUCAUCGUGAUCCAGCUCAGUCCUGCUCCAGCCCCUUCCCAGCGUGCAGCGCUCCAGCUGCCACUGGCCAACGAUGGAGGCAGCCGUUCAUCAUCCUCAGAGAGCUCGCCUCAGCACCAUCCUUACCCCAGCCGCCCGCGACACAUGCUCACCCUGCCCACGCCUCCGUACGGCCUGCAGAAGAGCUUAGAGAAUGCAGAGAUUGACCAGAAAUUACAGGAGAUCAUGAAACAGACGGGUUAUCUGAAGAUCGAUGGCCAGAGGUAUCCAGCAGAGGUCACGGACCUGAUCAGUGAAGGAGAGAUUGGCAGCGGGACCUGUGGACAGGUCUUCAAAGUGCGAUUCAAGAAGACCGGCCAUGUCAUCGCUGUCAAACAAAUGCGUCGCACAGGCAACAAGGACGAGAACAAGAGGAUCCUGAUGGACCUGGAUGUGGUGCUGAAGAGUCAUGACUGUCCUUACAUCAUUCAGUGCUACGGCGCCAUAGUUACCAACACGGAUGUAUUCAUUGCCAUGGAGCUGAUGGGAACGUGUGCUGAGAAGCUGAAGAAGAGAAUCCAGGGCCCCAUCCCAGAGCGAAUUCUUGGAAAGAUGACAGUGGCAAUAGUGAAGGCGCUGCUGUACCUAAAAGAGAAACACGGUGUCAUUCACCGGGACGUCAAACCCUCCAACAUCCUCCUGGACGCUAAAGGUCAGAUCAAACUGUGCGAUUUUGGCAUCAGCGGACGCCUCGUCGACUCCAAGGCCAAAACCCGCAGCGCCGGCUGUGCCGCCUACAUGGCGCCUGAGAGAAUAGACCCUCCAGAUCCCACCAAACCUGACUACGACAUCCGAGCAGACGUGUGGAGCCUUGGCAUCUCUCUGGUGGAGCUGGCCACGGGACAGUUUCCCUACAAGAACUGCAAGACAGACUUUGAGGUUCUGACCAAAGUGCUGCAGGAAGAUCCUCCUCUGCUGCCUCUCGGCAUGGGCUUCUCCCUCGACUUCCAGUCCUUCGUCAAAGACUGCCUCACAAAGGAUCACAGAAAAAGGCCAAAAUACCACCAGCUGCUGGAGCAUAGUUUCAUCCGCCGUUACGAGGUGCUGGAGGUGGACGUGGCCGGUUGGUUCCAGACGGUGAUGGAUCGCACCGAGUCGCCUCGCAGCAGCCAGUGUUACAGCCAUCAGCACCAGCUCCACUCGCUCUUCAGUAGGUAGCCUAGCCCAGCCCGGCGUUAGCUUAGCCAGACGCUAGUCUUGCCUAGCUUUAGCUUUGCCAAGCCCAGACUCAGUCUGUCCUAGUCUAGCCCAGCGUUAGCAGCUAAGCCUAGUGUUAAACCCAGCCCGCCUGUCCAUCUGUCCACCGGAGAGCCCACAGAGGAGAGGGAGAGACGGAGACUCGAUGGAGUGAUGGACGGAGACAUGGACUGAUGGAUGGAUGGAUGACACAGGUGGUUGUGUUUAUCAGAGUGUUGAAUCUGGACAGGCAGACACGGGAAGGAGGGAAGAGAAAAAGGGGCACACUGUAGUUAGCUUCAUCAUUUUCACACCGUCGCGUCUCGUCACAUUAUCAUAUCAUGUCACAUCAAGGCGUGUGUAACUGCCACACACACUUGCAUACAAACUGUGUGUGUAUCUUGUAUGUGUUUCUACAUUUUGUCCACACUUUGCAUUAGUUCUUCACCUACAUGUCUGUCUCCAGCAUUGAUCCAAGCGGUUGGAUUAGUCAACAGAGUAGUCACUACACACUGGAACAAAGCAUCUGCUACAUUAGCAAACCUGAAUCUCUCUUGUACAUAAACGUUGUGGAGGACACAGCAGUGUCCGGUGCAAUUAUGAUUCUUCAGGUGUUUCUACUAUCACACAUUCUCAGGCUGAAUCUGUGUGAGUGUAUGCGUGUGUGUAUGCGUGUGUGUAAGACUGUCUGUAUGUAUGGAUAAAUAUCAAGACACAGUCACUUGUUGUUUUUGAAAGCGAGAUUGUAUUUCUUAGCCAUUUGUUCACGCUCACACUACAGCUGUUAACACACAAACCAGAAUGGAUUAAUCUGUUGCUUCAUUUCUAACAUGUUAGGAUCCUAACUCUCAUUAACUUUGACAUGAAUUAUAUUUAGGAAACCCGGCAUUGUAUUUAGCAGCUGCACAAUUGGAAAAAACACAAAAAGACUUACAAAAAAAAUUAGUGUUGCAUUGUACCUUUGUAGAAAACGAGUUGUGUAUGGUUUUGUUUUUGCGUGUUCAGAAUGAUUUGGAGGGAUACUAAGAAGAGAAAAGAUGAGUUAGGCAGGAGGAGGAGUGUCUGACUCUUUCUACAAGUGUGAGAGAAAAGCAGAGAAAGUAGAAGAAGAAGGGAGUUGUGCACUCGUUGGUGACUAUAAGGACGCUUGAAAAGCUGUUACUCGUGUGAGAAGCGAGACGUUGGAGGAGCAGAGUGUUUUUUCAUUGAGAAGGCAAAGAACAGGAGCUUAUCUUGUACAAAGCAUAUAAAUGGAAUAGAUGUUAUUACCUGUGGAGUAUUUCUUUCCCUCACUCUCGGUUUGUCUACCUCUUCCUCUUUGUCCGCCUCUCUGUCUGCCUCUGCUGUUUAGUGUGAUGUAGUGCUCCACAGUGUUACCAGACCAAAGGCUGCGUGUUGGUUGUUGUUGGUGGAGGCAAAGUGAUUUAGACAUUAAGGAACCACACAGACACGUCUUAAUAAAGCACGUUUUGGUGUUUUUUAGAAGCUAGAGCAGGAGUCUCAAACUACCAGCUAUGGGGUUAGAUCCAGCCCAUGAGGUCAUAAAGCUGCCCUCAUGUUUCAAAUUUAAUGUUAAAUUUUUCCAUAAAUUGGUCUAUUUUGGCUUAUCUCUAAUGUUUUCAGUGUUUAUAUUCUUUUAGGCAUAUUUUAAAGUAAUCAUUUACUUUACUUGCAACUUGUGAUUUCAGCAUCUCCCAAUCGUUCAUCAUCUCCUAAUAAUUGAAUCAUUCACUCAGAAAAAUAUCAAGUUUCAAGUGUCCAAGAGUUAGGGUCCUGGUUGCUUUCCAAAACCUAAUGUUUUUCAGUGAGUUGUCUUUUAAGACAGCUCACUGAAAGCAGCAAAGCUUCACUUGUGAAAAAGCUAAAAUUAGUGAAUUUAUGCCAGUUUUGAUUGAAAAAUUAUGUAAACAAUUUUCCAAUAAUUAAAAUUGUUGCUGAUUAAUUUUCUCAUCGAUCAAUUGAUAGAUUAAUACUAAAGCAGUGGUAUACCUGCUAUAUGUAACACCGACUAUAAGCAUAGACCAACAGCCCGCAGGUUUAGCGUGGUGCAACUGACACCUAAUUGUCAAACCCCAAAGAGAAAGGUUGGCUCC